AUGUAUAUAUGUAUAUAUGUAUAUUACUGGAUAGCUGAUAGAAAUCUAAACUGCCAGCAGUAGGUGAAUCCACCGGAAGUGCUCUGGCGGCCAUUUUACGAUUCCCUACCGACAGACGGCUCCGAAAACGGUCAAGAUGACCCGAUGUGCUGCUUUUAACUGCAAAACAACGUUCACUAAAGGAAGUGGCAGACGUGCCCACAGGUUGUAAUUUAUACAGACCGUGUACAUAUUAAACACACGUGCGUCAUUAUCCUCAUGUAGACUGGGGAUAACGAUCCUAAUCUUUAAUAAUACACAGUAACAAUACAACAUCAAGGUGUAUAUAAAACAAAAGUGUAGUUUUUAAAGCAAAAAGUACCCAAUAGACACAUCUGGAGACUGGUACAGGACGCAACGUUCGGUAAAUGAUGGAAUUUUUAGUUUUGGCUGAAGUAUUCCUUUAAAGUGCACCUGUUAUGGUUUUUCAAAUAUUCCCUUUCAUGUAGCGUGUAUAUAGAGCUGAGUGUGAAUUUAAAAAGUCUGCAAAGAUCAAAGCUCAUGGCAAAAAAAAAAAGAGUUAUUGACUCCCAAAAGAAGGAAUCGAUUCUGAACAUCUGAAAUGACUCGUUAGUGAUUCCAGACAUUACUUCCUGUAUUAAUCUACGUAGGUUUAUAACAAAAAGCCCCGCCUCUGGUCUUCAUCACCUGCUCGCCGACAGCUUUGACCCCGCCCUCAAACACUACAGCUGUAGUUGUCCUGAAAGAGUUAGGUUCCUGUUGUCUCCAUGUCUAGAAGACGUUGUUUUCUGCUCUGCAAUAGCGGAGCUACUUUGCAUGGACUACCGAGGGAUGAGGAAGUAAAGCGUCGGUGGUUAGAGUUCAUUUUUAAUACCAUACCAAAUCAGUUCGCUCCGACCUUCGUUUGUGUUCCUGCCAUUUCACUGACGACUGCUUCUUCAAUCUAGCUGAAGUCAACGCGGGAUUUGCCAAACGAUUAUUUAUUAAAGGCGGGGCCGUACCCACUUUAUUUGGACCAUCUUUCGCCUCUGGGUCACAACCUAUGGAGGGCCGUUCCAGGGCCAGACAGCCUACAGUACAAAUCCCGGACGAACAGAGGCUGGGUGAAAAGACGAAGGCCAGGUGGAGUCCUGAAGAAGAUAAAUAUCUUAAGAGUCUGGUGGAGAGGAUUGGCGACAACUGGAGCACUAUUGGGACUAUGUUACCUGGCCGGACUGAACAGGAUUGUAAGUACCGGUACACCUGUGUGUUGGACCCAAACUUGAUCAAGGGUACCUGGACUAAACAGGAGGAUGAGAAGCUCGUAGAAUUAGUGACAAAAUUGGGAACAUACCAAUGGACCAGGAUCGCCAAGCACCUGAAGGGCCGCAGGGGGAAGCAGUGCCGAGAACGCUGGCACAAUCAUCUGGACCCGUCGGUGAAUAAACAGUCCUGGACUCCCGAAGAAGACAUCAUCAUCUGCAAAGCCCACAGCAUUCUGGGAACCUGUUGGGCCAAAAUCGCCAAAUUGCUUCCUGGGAGGACUGAUAACUCCAUCAAGAACCACUGGUACUCGACUCUGAAGCGUAAAGUGGCCAAAGGUGUGCUAGUGAUCGACGCUGAUCCUGUUGCCUCUUCACCUCCUGAAGAAACAUCUAUAGAAGUGGAGAAGGAGGAAGAAGUGACUCGUCCAACUGAAGAGGAAACUAAAAUGGAUGUCCCUUGUGACGUCAGUCUGCAGUCAGAAUUUGUGAUGGACGUUCCUGAUCAGACACAGCCUGCCCCAUCGACUCCUAAUACCAGUGCGGACGAUUCCUGUUACGAUGCUUUCAGCUCGGUCCUAAUGACAGACUUUACAGAGCAGAUAAUGAAAGCAAGGGAACCCAGGCGUCGCAAAAGAAAACAGAAGCCCAAAAAAGGCCAGAGGCAUUUAAAGUGGAAAGGAGCCCCUGAUGCUGAGAAAGACUCCAACGACAUCACCAGAGUAAAGUCCACUUCCAGCCCCCGCGACAGGUCGCAGUCACGACAGAAAAUCAUCAUCGGUGCGGCGCUGCAAAUGAUCUCUGAAGACAUGUUGCCUUUUAGCAUCUUCGAAGGAUCCGGGUUUCGAAACUUCAUGGCUGCGAUCGGUCCGCAGUACCCUAGAAUUUCUCCGCAUAGCGUAGGAUUGAGGCUUUACGUCGAAGUGGAGAAGGUGGUUAAACCGAGCCUGAUUAAACAGCUGAGGGAUUGUCUCGCUGUGACUGGAGGAAACUCGAACAUCCACGUCACGGGGGAUAUCUGGACCAGCGAGGAUGCCGAAACCAUCCUCGCUGUUCAGCUGCAUUUCCUCGACGGAGACUGGAACAUGUGUAGGCCGACAGUUGCGUUUCGGCAUUUAAGCGACAAUAACUUCAACAGCAUUGUUACGAGCGAGCUGGAAGCCGUGCUCCUGAGCUACGGGCUUUUUCCUGAGAACAUCGGCUACCUUAUUCUUCACGAGGCCAAGAACACAAUCAACAUACACAACCUUUUCUGCGACUACAAGAUCAUGCAUAGCGUCCAGAAGAACGACCCGGACGAAGACGAAAUAAUGGACUUCAUUGACGAUCAAGUGUCUGUCGUGGAUUUCUCGGAAGUCCACUUGGCCAGGAAUGUGGACUGCUUUAGCAGCUUGUUGCACUUGGUAAUCAAGGAAGCUCUAAAGGCCUCACAGUGUGCCAGCUACGUCGUCUCUCAGAUCCGAGAUAUCGUGGCCUUCUUUCGGCACAGUGCCUACUGGAAUAAUGUUCUCAUGCGGGACUGUAAUGUCUCUCUCGCAGAUCCUCACAGCUUCAACAGCUAUAGAUGGAACUCCACUUUUGUUGCUUUUCGUAAGCUGCUUUCAAAGGUUGCAUGGGACGGCGCGAUAGGCCUGAUAGCCCAAGCGCAGAAAGAAGAGAACGACUCGACUGUUUCUCCUCCAGUAAUCCAUGUCAUCUGGGACCAAGUCGUAGACAUCAUUGGUUUUUUAGAACCUUUCGAAGAGGCGGUCCAAGUGCUUCAGUCAGAUGGCAUCACGUUCUCCCUCGUCAUUCCAUCUAUCAUCGGACUCGAUAAAACCCUUGAGCUUAAAAAAACCUCAUAUCCCCAAUUCCGCAAAGCUCUCCGCUCCAGACUACACGACUACUUCCAACCUCUGAUCAUGCAAAAAGAUUUGAUUCUCGCUACAGUCCUGGAUCCUCGCAUUAAACUGCAACCUUUCGAAGACGAAGAAGAGGCCAGUGAUAUCAAACUCGCGCCCCCUACCAAAUUCUGGGCUUGUUCGAUCUUAGAAUCCGCCAUGAGUGAAACUGAUGCCUGGGUUCCCAUCGAGGAGGGCAGUGUAAAACUAGACCACGAUGACCAGCUUGCUGCGAAAGCUGCCAGUUUGGGCAACAUCAAGAGCAAGAAGAUCUUCAGCUUCAUGCAGCCUUCUGCCAAGAAGACGCAAGACUCCGAGCUCGAUCUUUAUAUCGCCGAACCUUUACUGGAUGGAGAUGCUUCUGUUGAGGAGUUCUGGCGAGGAGCCACACGGUUUCCACAGCUACGAAAUAUCUGCCACAGACUUUUGGCUGUCCCAGCUUCAUCUGGAGGGUUUAAACGUCUCUUUCCCAUGGCGGCUUCUAUAGUUCGUGCCAGGAGAAAUCGACUUCCUCAGCACACUACAGAGCGAUUAUUACUUUACAGAGAGAGCCAGAAGUUAAAAAACGUAGGAAGUGGAACUGGAUUGCAAACGGCCUCGUGAAACAUUGAUGUCGCGUUUGUGUGACAUUUGUUACGCAUCAUUAAUUACAUCUGACCUGUGGAAUCAUAUAACAUUAAAAUAAAAUGAUAGAUCUCUUUCAUUUUCAUGUAUAUACUGAAUGCUGGACUAAGCCGUGGAUUUUUUUUCAUGCGCCUCCUUUCUCCUUUUUUAUAUUGUGACUUUAAUCUCCUAUGCUAAGUGUCAGAAUGAGUCUUUCCAUGCGUUUUCUCAUUAACAUACAAUUAUCAUUGGAUAAAAGAAUGGAUUGAUAAAAUAACUUCUCUGUGUCAUUUUUGUUGUCUUGUAAUCAUUUGGAUUGUGUGCUGCAAGAGAUAUUUGAUUUGUGGAGCACGUUAGCCGUUUACUUUAUUCGUAGGUCGGCCAUAUUGGUUGUGAUGUUAUGAUUAGGGUAGGAGAAGUGUAAUCACCCAUCAGCGUACAAGAAAAACAAGACUCAAAACUUGUCUAUUUUACCUAAAAUUUGCAAAUCACAAAGUGUUUUUGUACACAAAGUAUGAGAUAGUAACUGGAUUACAUGAAAUAAAUGAGUGUUUGUUUAUUUUGCCACA